AUGGCCAGAGAAGUUACUGAUAUCAAGCAAUUCUUGGAAUUGACCAGAAGAAACGAUGUCCAAUCCGCUACUGUUAAGAUUAACAAGAAGUUGAACAAGAACGGUAAGCAAUUCAGACAAACCAAGUUCAAGGUCCGUGGUUCCAGACACUUGUACACUUUGACCGUCAACGACGCUGGUAAGGCCAAGAAGUUGAUCCAAUCUUUGCCACCAACUUUGAAGGUUAACAAGUUGUAA